GAGGGGGAGGGAGAAGUGGAGAGGGGAAUCCAACGGUGCAAAACACGUCAACCUCCAUUCCUCAGUCCUCUCUUUUCCUUCUCUGCUCGUUGGUUUUUGAUUUGGGACUUCAAUUCACUCUUCAACCUCGUCCGUCGUCAAAUUCAGGGCUUACCUUUCCCCACGAGCAGAUUCCCGCCUAUUUAUAAACCCGUCUCCCUUUCAAAUGGUACUCCAAUCGCAAUCCCAUUUCCUUGCUACUUCCCCCAGAGCCCUCCCUUUCUCUCACUCCUCCUCCUCCUCGCCUCUCCUCACCAGAAAAAGCUACUUACUCUCGUUUCCUUCCUUCAAAACCCCCCGAAUUUGUCUCCAAACAAAAGCCAUGAUUUCCAACUCUAAACUCUCUAAUCACACCGAUUCUUUAUCACUAAACGACGCCCAACUCGACCGCUUUGCCGAGGUCGGCAACAAGCUUGCUGAUGCCGCCGGCGAAGUGAUUCGCAAGUACUUCCGGAAGAAAUUCGAGAUUCUUGAUAAAGAAGAUUUGAGUCCAGUGACAAUUGCAGACCAAGCAGCUGAGGAAUCUAUGGUUUCGAUUAUAUUGGACAAUUUUCCGUCCCAUGCAAUUUACGGAGAGGAAAACGGCUGGAGAUGUAAAGAGAAUUCUGCAGAUUAUGUUUGGGUUUUAGAUCCAAUAGAUGGCACAAAAAGUUUCAUUACUGGAAAACCGGUCUUUGGUACUCUUAUUGCUUUGCUGCAUAAAAGUAGACCAAUUCUUGGUAUAAUUGAUCAGCCUGUUCUUAGAGAAAGAUGGAUUGGAAUAAGUGGAAGGAAAAGUACAUUGAAUGGACAAGAAGUGGCUACACGGACUUGUACAGAACUGUCACGAGCAUAUUUGUACACCACAAGUCCACAUCUGUUCAGCGGAGAUGCUGAAGAGGCAUUUGCCCGUGUAAAAGAUAAGGUGAAGUUGCCAUUAUAUGGCUGUGACUGCUAUGCUUAUGCCCUCUUGGCCUCUGGUUAUGUAGAUCUUGUCAUUGAGUCUGGUCUUCGGCCAUACGAUUUCCUUGCACUUGUACCUGUUAUAGAGGGUGCUGGUGGUUUUAUAACUGACUGGGAAGGACAGCAGCUUGACUGGAAAGCUUCUUCUAGUUCACGUGCAACAAGCUUUAAUGUAGUGGCAGCUGGAGACAAACAGAUUCACCGACAAGCUUUAGAUGUUCUCCAGUGGCGGUGAAGGAUUUUUUAUGCAUUUUAACUCUUUAACUUCCUUAAAGAUGAUAAAUUUCUCGAGCUCCUCUAUUUGAGUUCUGGCA